UAUAUAGUAAAGUUGUAUUGUUAUACGAUAUUAUCCCGACAUUGCGUGAUUGCGAUUUGCGAAACUGCGAGUUACAGUGCAUUUCAGAGCCUUAUUAAGUAGAAUUGUGAUUCUAAAGUAAUAGCGGUUUAUUGUAUAAAGAAGAUAUAAUAAGGGCUUAAUUCACCAGUUGUGGAUAAGUUUUAAAAUGUCAGAACAAAACACUGAACCUACGACUAAUGAUGGGGAGAACAGUUACACUACACCGGCUAAUGACCUUAAAAACAUGCAAGAAGUAACACAGUAUGUUCAGUCACUAUUACAAAAUAUGCAAGACAAAUUUCAAAGUAUGUCUGAUCAGAUAAUUAACAGAAUAGACGAGAUGGGAUCAAGAGUGGACGAGCUUGAGAAAAAUGUAACAGAUCUUAUGACACAAGCCGGAGUAGAGAAUGAAAAGUAGGGAUAGGUAUUAACAUAACUAGAUUGUCGCUUAUGUCAUAAUCACCCAAAGAUAAUUAUGUGCCUGAAUAUAAAAUAUGAAGCAUAAACUUUAACUAGAUAACAAUCCAUACAUUUCUAAAAAUGUUUUUGAACAAAAAUUUUUAAAAAUAGACAGGACUUUUAGUAAUAAUUUUAAUUCUUAUUAAUGUCAUUGCCAUUUAAUUCUACAGUUAUAUUAAUGAUAUUAUUAAUAACUUCUAGGAAGUUAUUACUGGUACUUUUAAAAUUUUAUCUGACAACACUUUUCAAUCAAACACUACAUUUAUUUUUUUAAUUUACAAAUGGCAAGUCAAUUAUUUUGACUAUUUAAAAUAAUCUUUAUUUGGAAAAAAAAAAUUCAAUCUGAAAUCCUGAUGAGAACCGAUAUAAUUAGCAUAUUUUAUAUCAUGUGUAAUGUAAGAUGUAUAAGUUCUAGCUUACGAUAUAGGUAAAAUUAAUUUUUUAUUGUAAGGUUAAAUAAAGUGAAUUUGAUCACUAUUGUAUCAUCAUCUAUCUAAUCCUGAUGUACAGUUUAUGUUCAUGUUUAGGGUGAGUUAUGUAUUGAUUAAAAUGCGCCAAGAACUGCCUGGUACAAAAAGUUACUGUUUGAAAUCAAUAUUUUGUUCUCGUAUGUGACAGUCUCUGAUAUUGUUUGGAAAGAACAUUCAAUCAGAUUCUUAUAUUAAAAUAUGAGGAAGAAAACAUUAAGUGUAUGUUGCCUUUGGUUCAGGAAACCACUAUUACUUAAUAAAAUAAGUUUUGCACUGUUGCGAUAA